CUGUCGAUAUUAGAAGAAGCGAUACAAAAGAAAAUAUACAAAAUAAAAAGUCGAAUAAUUGCGUCGCUGCCGGAAAACAUUUUGAAAUUCUAUAAAUAUUUGAUAACAACGGCUGCUGUAUUUGUUAAACGAAAUUUCAUAAGAUGAGCAGCCAGAGUCAAUAUAAAUUGCUAUCUUUGACAAAGACACGGAGCGACGAUGUAAAAUUAACAGAACGUUUCUCGGAGCAGAUGGCGCAACUUUGUAUGAACGACGACUACUCUGAUGUGACUUUUAUAGUAGAAAAUCAACGUUUACCAGCUCAUCGAGUCAUUUUGGCAGCACGUAGUGAAUAUUUUCGUGCGUUACUAUUUGGCGGACUUUGUGAGUCCAGACAGAGCGAAAUUGAAAUGCAAAUUCCCGUUGAAGCCUUCAAGGCUUUGCUAAAAUAUAUUUACUCUGGCCAUAUGCCACUCGCACAGAUGGAUGAAGACAAUAUACUGGACACAUUAGGUUUGGCUAAUCAAUAUGGUUUCAGCGAAUUGGAGCAUGCCAUUUCACAAUAUCUGCGACAAUAUUUGGCGCUUAAUAAUGUUUGUGCAAUUUUGGACGCAGCGCGUUUGUACAAUUUAGAUAAGUUGACUGAGGUGUGUUUAACGUUCAUGGAUCGCAAUGCCGCACUAAUAUUGCAACAUGAAUCCUUCAAAGCGCUAUCAAUGGAAUCACUAAAAGAGAUAUUACGCCGAGAUUCGUUUUUUGCCCCAGAAGUGGACAUAUUUUUGGCCGUUUGGGAAUGGUGUAAAAACCACACAAAUAUCAAUAUUGACUCUGUAGUUUCGUUCGUCCGCUUGCCGCUAAUGAAACUUGAAGAUUUGUUGCAAACCGUGCGUCCAUCUGGCAUUUUGGAUGCCGACAAAUUAUUAGACGCUAUACAAGAGCAAACAACUUCAAAAUAUUUACCAUAUCGUGCCGCUCUGUGGCCUGAAGAAAAUGUAGCAACAGCGAAGUUUCACUCCAGAACCAUACUGGGUGAAUGCCGUGCGGCUUUGUUGGACGGUGAUUUCAUUUCAUAUGAUAUGGAAAAAGGUUACACACGCCAUUGCAUUGGUGACAAUAUUGAAGGUGGCAUUACUGUCGAAUUGGGCACAAUAUGCAUAAUCAAUCAUAUCAAGCUGCUGCUUUGGGAUCGGGACAAUCGCUCGUAUUCAUAUUACAUAGAAGUGUCGGCAAACUCUACCAAUUGGGAUCGCGUCAUAGAUUACUCACAGUAUUAUUGUCGGUCAUGGCAAUUUUUGUAUUUUUCCGCACGUCCGGUACGCUACAUCAAACUCGUGGGCACACACAAUACCGUCAAUAAAGUAUUCCAUGUAGUUGGACUCGAAGCCAUGUAUACUGCGUCCUUACCAAAAGUAAUUAAUGGCAUUGUGGCGCCCACUGCAAAUGUUGCACGUACUGAUGUGAGUGCUAUUGUUGUGGAUGGUGUGAGCCGUACGCGUAAUGCGCUCUUGAAUGGUGAUUAUGUGAACUACGACUGGGAUUCCGGUUAUACAUGCCAUCAGCUGGGCAGUGGCGAGAUUGUGGUUAGGUUAGGGCAGCCUUACAUUAUUGGCUCAAUGCGCCUCUUGCUAUGGGAUUGUGACGAUCGCACGUAUAGUUUUUACAUUGAAACUUCAGUGAAUCAAAAAGAUUGGCACAUGAUCGUCGAUAAGCGUAAUGAACAAGUGCGUUCCUGGCAAAAUUUCUCAUUCACACCGCGUCCCAUCGUAUUUAUACGUAUUGUGGGCACACGCAACACCGCAAAUGAGAUUUUUCACUGCGUGCACUUGGAGUGUCCCUCACAGGACCCGAACUUUUUGCAAUUGGAAAAGGAGAAGGAACAGGAACUGCGUGCUAAUAGCAAAAUCACAGACGGUGCAGCGGCAGGCGAUGACAGCAAUGAUGUCACAGCUGGUGCGAGUAAUGCAGCAAGCAAUGGUGGUGUUGAUGGCGUGUGCUCAAACCAGCCAAGCAACAAUGAACCCUUACCAGAUGAUGUACUUAUUGGGCUGGACAAUAUUUCGGUGGAUGGUAAUUAGAAAAAAGUUUCGGCAAAAGCAAUGCAAUCUUCACACUAGCCCUGUGGGCAACUCGAAUACGAGUCAUAUUUUAAGCAAAUCAAUUUAUAGCUAUGAAGAGGUUGAAUAUUUUGUACUUUAAACUCUCUAUUUUGAAGUUUUAUAUAUACAUACAUACAUAUAUCUAUAACGGCUCUUAGUGAUGUUGUUGUCUUUUUAAGUGUGUCAAAUUUACAAUGCGAAACAUUCAGCGCCACAACUCCAAGUGGCAUAUGCGUCAUUGCAAUCAACAAGCGUGUGUUUAGUCUAAUAAUUUUAGAAAUGUACAUUAUUGUUUGAGAUAUUCUUAUAAGUGUUGAAUUUUAAUAAUCAAAAAACAUAUUUUCGAAACUUUGUCAAUAUGUAAACAAAAACUACGGAACCAUAAUAAUUACGUUUGUAGCGGGAAAAUUCUUUCAAGUAAAAUAUUGUAUUGAUUCUUUGCUAUCAAUAAUUAUUUUUAUUAAUAAAAAGACACUUUUUGUGUGUUAUUACGGCACUCCGCGUUAACGUUAACCGAAACUGCAUUUUCUGGUACAGAACUAUAUAUCACUAACUGUGUUAAUUAACGUUUGUAUUAUGUAUGAAUUAUAAAAGACACAUAACCUCAAAAUGUGAAACUUUUAAACAGCAAAAAGCUGUUCUAUUUAUAUGUUAGUUUGUUGUUCAACUGCAGCAUUAUUUAUUUUAUAUUUGUAUAUUUACUGUUAUUUAACUAAAUAACUUUGUUUUUGUAUAUAUGUACAUAUGU